CCACUGGGCGCCACAGGAAGAACUUAAGUAAUGCACCGUGGAAUUGUGGGUAGACGGAAAAGGGCUCAAAAAGCUACGCGAAAGCGACAAGCGCACGUUGCUGCUCCAUUUAUAAGAAUCGCCAAUAACAAAGAAAUUACUUUUACCGAUCACGUUCAGAAAAAAGCCCGAAAAUGUCCAUCGGUGUACCAAUCAAAGUGCUGCAUGAGGCUGAGGGACACAUUGUGACCUGCGAGACAAACACCGGAGAGGUGUACAGGGGCAAGCUGAUCGAGGCUGAGGACAACAUGAAUUGCCAGAUGUCCAAUAUCACAGUGACUUAUCGCGAUGGCCGAGUGGCACAGCUAGAGCAGGUCUACAUCCGCGGCAGCAAGAUUCGCUUCCUGAUCCUACCUGACAUGUUAAAGAAUGCUCCUAUGUUAAAGAGUAUGAAGAAUAAGAACCAAGGAUCUGGUGCAGGAAGGGGCAAGGCAGCUAUUCUGAAAGCACAAGUGGCAGCAAGAGGCCGGGGCCGUGGUGGAAUAGGAAGAGGCAACAUCUUCCAGAAGAGGCGAUAACUGCACCAUUUGUGCUUUUCUUUUCUUUUUUUUUUUUCUUUUUUAUUGUUGUAUAGUGUUGUUUUUUUUCAGAGGGGGGUCUUGAGUAUUGCAGUUCAUUCUGAUUUGACUUCCUUUUUUUAUGAAAAUAAAAAAACUUCUUAAUUUGA